CAUUGAAAGAACGGGCUCGGGACUGUCCAGAGAACGUUAGGGUCUCCAAACCACUGCUAGCUGCUGAAACCUCGUGCACUCGAGGAGGUGUGGGUCUCGCGGAAGCGUCUCUGAGAGCGGCGAGGGCCGCGGGAGCAGCACCAGGCAGCCCGGGGCUUGGGCCUUUCGUACUGCUCCGAGCAUCUCUUUUCGCCGGUAGGAAAAAGCCAUGGGAAUUCAAGGCCUUGCCAAACUAAUUGCUGAUGUGGCCCCCAGUGCCAUCCGCGAGAAUGACAUCAAGAGCUACUUUGGUCGCAAAGUGGCCAUCGAUGCCUCCAUGAGCAUUUACCAGUUCCUGAUUGCUGUUCGACAGGGUGGGGAUGUGCUGCAGAACGAGGAGGGGGAGACCACCAGCCACCUCAUGGGCAUGUUCUACCGUACCAUCCGAAUGAUGGAAAAUGGCAUCAAGCCUGUGUAUGUCUUUGAUGGCAAACCACCACAGCUGAAGUCAGGCGAGCUGGCCAAACGCAGCGAGAGGCGCGCUGAGGCUGAAAAGCAACUGCAGCAGGCUCAGGAGGCUGGGAUGGAGGAGCAGGUGGAAAAGUUCACCAAGCGGCUGGUGAAGGUCACCAAGCAACACAACGAUGAGUGCAAACACCUGCUGAGCCUCAUGGGCAUCCCGUACCUUGAUGCACCCAGCGAGGCAGAGGCCAGCUGUGCUGCCCUGGCAAAGGCUGGCAAAGUCUAUGCGGCGGCCACGGAGGACAUGGACUGCCUCACUUUUGGCAGCCCCGUGCUAAUGCGACACUUGACUGCUAGUGAGGCCAAGAAGCUGCCCAUCCAAGAGUUCCACCUGAGCCGUGUCCUGCAAGAGCUGGGUCUGAACCAGGAGCAGUUUGUGGAUCUGUGCAUCCUGCUGGGUAGUGACUACUGCGAGAGUAUCCGUGGCAUUGGGCCCAAGCGGGCUGUGGACCUCAUCCAGAAGCAUAAGAGCAUCGAGGAGAUUGUGAGGCGGCUGGAUCCCAGCAAGUACCCUGUUCCAGAAAACUGGCUCCACAAGGAAGCCCAGCAACUCUUCCUGGAGCCCGAAGUACUGGACCCAGAGUCUGUGGAGCUGAAGUGGAGCGAGCCAAAUGAAGAAGAGCUGGUCAGAUUCAUGUGUGGUGAGAAGCAGUUUUCUGAGGAGCGAAUUCGCAGUGGGGUCAAGCGGCUGAGUAAGAGCCGCCAGGGCAGCACCCAGGGUCGCCUAGAUGAUUUCUUCAAAGUGACAGGCUCACUCUCCUCAGCUAAGCGCAAGGAGCCAGAACCCAAGGGGCCUGCUAAGAAGAAAGCAAAGACUGGGGGAGCGGGGAAGUUCAGAAGGGGAAAAUAAAUGUGUCCUUCCCUCCACCGUCCCUUUACCCCAGGACAUCUGUUUUGUACCCUCAGCUAGAGCACAUCCCUCUCAUCCCUCGUCUUGAGGAGAGUUCAUUGUUUCCCAGCGCUGCCCUUCAGAGCUUUCCCUCUCUUGACCCUGUGGCAGGAAGGCCAUAGCUCUGCUUUUCCUUAUUUUUAGCUCAGGAAAGAUGUCAGGCUCAAACCACUUCUCAGGCAGGUUAAUGGACACUGUAUCCAUUGUUUUGUGCAACUGCUAGCAACGUUUUAAGGAAGAAGAUUAAGCAGGGAGAGAGUAUAUGGAGAUAAUUUCCCAGCUGGCAAGCUGGUGGAGGAGAGGUAACUGUAGAACGUGACUGCUCAUUCUAAUUUCACUGCGCCCUGAAAGACAGCCAUCAGACUGGGAUUAGCUGAUGAAAGCUGCAAAGAGAGACAAGCAGAGAGGAGGCUGGCUGACAGCAGAUUUAAUACUGACCGGCUGUGGUUUGUGGGCAGACAUUUGAAUUUGCUAUCUGCUGAGUCCGGCAGUUGUGCAUGGGAGUGAAAAGGCAGUGUUCAGGUUUUGGUGUGUACUUUUUUUUUUUUUUUUUUUGUCUCUCCCCUCUUCAUUGUUGGGGAAUUGAACCUGGAGCAAAGGCAUUAAGUGUACCACUGACCUGUAGCUCCAAGUGAUGUUCUGACAGCCUUUCUGAGGCAAUCAAUUGAAUUGAGGUUUUGGGGAGAAGAAACUUGUUCAUGGGUUAUUUCUAUUUUAAAAGAUGUGAUGAGGAAAAAAAUCAAUAAAAUUAUAAAAGUGACUAGGA